CACACACACACACCCACACAAACACUUACACAGACACUUGACUUUAACUGGGCACAACAGCACAGACACACAGGAGUGCAGGGAGAAAGUGUCUUUAACGGGUUUCUGCAAUAUCACACAGGCUGCCUGAAUGUGACGCAACAACGCUGCACGACAACGCCGACCGUUUGAGGUGGGCUGGCUGCAGUGAUGUCCAGAUCCACAAAAUCUGCCUCGAGAUCUCGGAGCCGGUCAAGGUCCCGGUCAAGAUCCCGCUCCACAUCUCGCUCCAGAAGUCACUCAAGAUCCCGCUCUAGGAAGCGCAGAUACGGCUCUAGGUCUCGGUCACGGUCAAGAUCUCAUUCUCCACCUCAUAACCGGGAGAAGAAAUAUCCGAGAGGAUACCAAAACAAUCGUGAGUUCCGGGGCUACCACCGUGGCUUCCGGAGGCCAUACAACUUCAGGGGCCGAGGGCGGGGCUAUUUCCCACGUGGACGCUACCAACGUGGAGGUGGUGGGUGUGGUGGUGGCUAUAACAAUAACAACAACUUCCGCCCCAACUGGAAGAAUUACAAGCAACACCCUCAAAAACAGCAACAGCAGCAACAGCAGCAGCAAAACUAUUCACGAGGGCGAUUUCACAACCUCCAGAAACACUCAGGAAGCCCCCCUCGUGGUCACUCUCACCACUCUGACCGAUCCUCCUCGCCAUUAUCCAGACACUCACACCAUUCUUCCUCUUCCUCACACUCCUCCUCUCCUAAAUGUAGGGAAACCUUGUUGCCGACUAAACAAAACUCUAAAGAUGUGAAAGAGGAAUUCUCAGCCUCCAAGGAGGUCCAAAAGGGAGGAGGGGGAGAUGGGGAGGCAGCGGAGCUCAUUGGGGUGUUAGCAGGAGAUGCCAAAGAAGGCGCAGGCAGUGGGAAAACUGAGGGGAACUGGCAGGGCCUGAAAGACUGCAGCAGCAGUCCAAAAAGAAUGAGUGCUCUGGCAAGCUCUGCUGUUAUUGUUGGUCAGAACAGCCAAACUCCUAACCGGUCUAGUCCCGCCCCUAAAAUCACCAAUGAUAUCAGCAAUGGCGCCCCCUCCUGGCAGACUGUGUGUAGUUCAUCCUCAACAAAAAAAAACCUUCAUGAAGGUCUAAAUCCAAUGCUUUCCAGCUUUGACUUCUUCUCCAACGAGGAAUACCUGGAUGGAGAUAAAACGGCGAUCUCCAUUGCCUUCGGAAAGUUUUUGGAAGAGCAAAAUAAAAAAGCAAAAUCUUGGGAAAAUGGCAAGAACACAGAAGCCAAUGAUGUGGAUAUGGAACAAGGCAAAGUAAAUGGCAAAGCAUCUGCAAUUAUCUCUGACUCAGUGUCAAAAAAGUACAAAGAGGACAUUGAUGGUGAAGUGUCUUUAAGCAGCUUUUUGAAAGCUUCUCCUUUUCUGUCUGCUGAUGGGGAGGAAGAAGAGGAGCUAACCAAGCCUCUUUCAAAGUCACUUCACAAAGACAAGCACAAUGGGGACGAGUCCUCUAAGCCAAAGAGCAAGGUCACUCAUUCGGCUCGGGAACUGUUUGAAGAAUGCUUUGGCAAAUGGCAGAAUGUGGCCUAUUCACAGGUAGCCAACAGUGACCUUGACUCCAUGGCAGAGGACAUAUAUCUCAGCCGAAAGCAGGACAAAGCAGCAGCCAUUGCUGCUGCCCUCGCCAAGAAGGAGCUAGCAGGAAAGUUUGAGGAACUGUCCACAGACAUGGGUGGUAAAGCCAGGAAGAUGGCAAAAUCUCCCUCCAUCCCAUCACCUACACCACCACCAAGGAUAAACUCUGACAGAGAGAUGUUUAUGAUGAGGAGUGAGUACUCACCUUUCAUGUCCUCAAGACAACAGGAAGCAAAAUUAAAUGUCCGGAUGGAUCUUCUUGGAGAUAGCCUGAUGAGCUCUUCAGAUAUUUUAGCUGAGGAGCGACAGUUGUCUCAGGAUCUUGUGCAGUCCUCAAAAAAGGAUCAGGAGUUUCGCUCCAUCUUUCAACAUGUUCAGAAUGCUCCAUUAAAGAGGAGUCCCUCUGAGCUGUUUGCUCAACACAUUGUCACUAUUGUUCACCACAUUAAAGCUCAGCACUUUCCAUCUUCUGGAAUGACUCUAAACGAGCGAUUCACCAUGUACCAAAGACGAGCUGCAGAGAAGGAAAUGAUGAAGCCAAGAAAAAGCCCAGAGAUACACAGGAGAAUUGAUGUUUCGCCAAGAGCUUUUAAGAAACACUCUCAACUUUUUGAGGCGAUGAAAAGCUCAGAGGAUGGCACUUACAAGGACGGCGGGGAAAAAAUGAAGGGUGAGCCAAUGGAUCUUCGUUUGGAUAUAGAGCGCCGUAAAAAAUAUCCCACCCAUGAAAGAGAUUAUAAUCAGGAUCAGGGAAGAGAUAUUGGAGAUUCCCCAGAUUCUAGUAGAGAGAGAUCUGUGGAAAAGUUCUCCAAAUGCCACGAGAAAUCAAAGAAAAGUAAGAAGAAGCGCUCUCGCUCGAGUUCGUCCUCGUCUUCCUCAUCUUCCAAGUCCCAAAAAGAUGAUUUGUCCCAUGGCAAGUCUGAACCCAAAGAUAAAGCCUUUGACAGGUCCCGACUGGGUCAAAGGGAGUCACUAGCAUUAGUUGAAAGAGGAAGGCCACGUGGAGGAUUUCAAGUCCGAAUUCGUGGAAGGGGCUGGAACCGAGGCAAUUAUCAGGGAAACUGUUCACAAAGUAACAACAUGCCAAAUGUGGCAAUACACCCAAAAAAUGAAGACUGGGACCCAGAGUACACUCCCAAGAGCAGAAAAUACUACUUGCACGAUGACAGAGAUGGGGAGACAAUGUUCAAGUUGGUGGACAACAGAGGGCGAGGCCGGGGAGGCUUCUUGCGUGGAAGGGCACGAUUCCUCAUCCGCAAAACCAACACUAACACCAUCAGCCCCAAAUGGGCCCAUGACAAGUUCCAGGUCAAUGGGGAGCAAGGUGGCGAGGAGGAAGAGACAGAACAGGACCAUAAAGGAGAAAUUGAUGGAGAGAAUACUUGAGCAGUGAAGCAAUGUGCUGAAAAUCUAAAUUUACGUCUGUUAUUAGGGGAUCUGACUCUGAAUUCUAUCCAUCACUAUGGAUUCAUUAAUUCAGAUUAAAAUUUUUAAGACUAAGCUAUCACUAAUAAGACUUUUAUGCUUUAAUUUUAUCGUAGGAUACUCAUUCGGACUUGAGCUGACCAUUUUCCACACAAGGAUUACAACUCAUAAUUAGUAGAAGCACUGUUUCGGGGUGAACUGCUGUUUCUCAUAAGAUUUCAGAUUAUGUUACAUGUUUUGUCUUUUUUUGCUUUAUAUAGUAAAGUGUAAUUUUUUCCUGGGGAUUUUGGUAGUUUUUACACGUUGAUGAUAAAAAAAAAAGAGUCCUCAAUGACAUUUGUAUUUUUAAGUAGCAAGAGAAGAUCACUUUGUAGAUCAAAUCAGCUUGUGUCUUGCAAAUAAAGAAAUGUUUUGUGAGUGGGAUACACAAUAAAUAUGAGUACUGAUGAAUGCAUUAAAAUCUACUCCAAUUACCCAACUAUGAGUUAAAAAAAAAAAGAAAAGCAGGCUUGUUGUUUUGAAAUGUGUCUGGAUUAUAAUGACAGCAAGAAGUACACUGUAGUUCAUGUUGACAUUGAAAACAUCACUGUUUAGCCAAUUCAGCGCUCCACAAUGACCCUGAUCUGACAAUGGGACCAAACUGUAUGGGGUCGCAGGUUACACUUGCAGUCUUUCAUUACACAACAUUCAACAGAUCUACAAUACUAGCUUGCAGCAUAGGAGACUGUUACAAGGAUAACUACCUGUACAUUUAACAUGUUCAUUAAACAUUUUGCUGUCAAAGAUGUCUAUACUUUAAAGUAGCUCUUUGAUUGAUUUUGGAUACCACUUAUCAAUGUAUAAUAUUGAUAGUGAUUAUAUGUUUUCCUCCAAAGACAUUCAUUGUAGUUUUUGUACCUGCUUAGGCAGGCGGGAUUUUGACUUUGUAAAGGUGAAUUUGUUCUUAAUGCUUUAGACUGUAAUGUGUUUUUCAUUUGCUAAUUUCAAACAUUUCUUCAGCUAAUGAUGAUUUAAUCAAUUACACAAAUUGUGUGCAACUGUGUCAUUGUGAUAAAAGAGGCUAAAAAUUAGCAUUGAAGUAGUUUAGUAGAAAAAAAAUACAGGGUAGUGUGUUUGACAAGAAUUAUAGUUUGUCUAAUCUUAGAAUAACAAUAUUUUUUCAGUGCAUAUCUGCAAUGAUUUAUUUCCUUAACCCUAGGAUUAGACUCAUGUCUUUUUGGGAAACUGCCCAUACAAUUGAAUUACAUUUUUGUGCCUUGCUGUGGUCGCGCUGGUUAUAUUUGUACAAUUCAGGCCUAAAGAUUAAGAUUGAAUUGUUUAAUGGUUACCUGCUUAGGGAAUAUUGCUUUUAUAAAAUAGGUGUUGUUACUGUUUUUUUCUUAGAGACUGUAAAUUAAAGAGACACUGAUUACUUUAA